AUGGUGUUCGCCGCUUUGGGGCCCAUGAUCCGACGAAAGUGUCCCGAGGGGUUCGUCCUAACAGAGUGGACGCGCCAGCGAUACGGUACCGUCGCUAUGCUAUAUCUCAGCUUCCUGACGCUCGUCACGCUCUUUCUGUACAUGGUCGCCGAGCUCUCGGCGCUGGGACAAGUCGUCGAGGCGCUGACUGGGUUGGACAAGCUGCCCAUCAUCAUUGUCGAAUGCGUCAUCACGACCAUUUACACCUCACUCGGAGGCUUCAAAAUGUCAUUCCUCACGGAUGUGGUGCAGGGCGGAAUGGUCGUUGGCCUCAUCCUCCUCGCCACCAUCACGAUCGGCGUCAAGACCGACAUUAGGCCGGAUCUCAUUGACUCUUCGGGCCUCACCAAGCCAACUCUCCUCGGCUGGCAGCUUCUUUAUAUUCUGCCCGUAGCGGUCUUGACCAACGACUUCUUCCUCUCUAGCUUCUGGCUGCGGACAUUCUCGUCCAAGACGGAUAAAGACUUGUGGGUCGGAUGCUCCAUGGCCACAGUCGCCAUUCUGUGCAUUCUUAGCCUCGUCGGCUGUACCGGUCUCAUUUCUGCAUGGUCGGGCGCAUGGCCGGGCGAACCGGCCCAGCCAGGAUCUCUAUCAUUCUUCCUCCUUCUUCAGACCCUUCCCAGCUGGGUUGUCGGCAUCGUCCUCGUCAUGGUUGUGAGUCUUAGCACCGCAGCCUUUGACAGCUUGCAGUCUGCCAUGGUCUCAUCGGCAUCCAACGAUCUAUUCCGAAACCGGCUCAAUAUUUGGUUUAUUCGAGCCGGCGUUGUCGUCCUCAUCAUCCCCAUCGUCGUCGUCGCUCUCAAGGCCAGCUCGAUACUGCAGAUCUACCUCAUCAGCGACCUGCUCUCCGCAGCGACUAUCCCGGUCCUGUGCCUGGGCCUCAGCGAACGCAUGUACUGGUGGCGAGGCUUCGAAGUCGUCGUUGGUGGGCUGGGCGGCGUUUUUACUGUCUUCAUCUUUGGAACAAUCUACUACGGCAGUGCGCAGGAGGGAGCGAAUCUUCUGCUCUUGAAAAAUGGACUCUACGCGAACGACUGGGCUGCCUUUGGCGCCUUUGUCGCCGCUCCGUUUGGUGGCAUUCUCUGGGGAUUUGGAGCCCUUGCUCUGCGGUUGGCUUUCCAGUUUGCCUUGGCCAAAGUCCGCAAGGAGAGGUGUACUGCCCUUGACCCCCCCAUCUGCGCCCACGCGGUCGCUGGAGGCUCGGAGGUCGAAGGGGAAGUACUUUUGCCGAACUCGAAGCCUGGGAGGUUCUUCUAG